UGUUAGUGGGAAAUAAGCAAGAAUGAGAAGCGGUGGCCUUGUUUCAAUUGAAAGAAAUCUCUGGUCUUUAACAAUUCCUGGGUUUCGAAAUGAAUGCAAAUUUGUGCCUUCUCUCGUCUCAAGAUCUUCUCGGUUGUCUAUAAACUGUGCUGUUCGUUUUCGCCCUUGCAUCGAUAUACACAAGGGAAAAGUGAAACAAAUUGUUGGGUCUACUCUUAAGGAUUCAAAGGAGGAAGAUGGGUCAAGCCUUGUCACGAACUUUGAAUCUGAUAAGUCGGCAGCUGAGUUUGCGAAUCUGUACAAAGACGAUGGACUUUUGGGCGGUCAUGUAAUCAUGCUUGGAGCUGAUCCUUUAAGCAGAGCUGCAGCCCUUGAAGCACUGCACGCUUAUCCCGGUGGCUUGCAAGUUGGAGGUGGUAUCAACGCAGACAAUAGCUUAAGUUACAUAGAAGAAGGAGCUAGCCAUGUUAUUGUUACUUCAUAUGUGUUUAACAAUGGCCAAAUGGACCUAGCAAGACUAAAGGAUCUUGUCAAUGUUGUUGGAAAGCAGAGGCUCGUGCUGGACCUUAGCUGCAGAAAGAAGGAAGGUAGAUAUGCAAUUGUAACAGAUAGGUGGCAGAAGUUCAGUGAUGUAUAUCUUGACGAGGAAGUAUUAGAGUUUCUAGCCAAGUAUGCAGACGAGUUUCUAGUUCAUGGUGUUGAUGUUGAAGGGAAAAAGCUGGGAAUUGAUGAACAGCUGGUGGCAUUGCUUGGCAUGCACUCUCCGAUACCGGUGACAUAUGCUGGUGGGGUGACUGUAAUGGAUGAUUUAGAGCGGAUAAAGACAGCCGGAAAAGGACGGGUUGAUGUUACUGUAGGCAGUUCUCUUGACAUUUUUGGAGGUUUCUUACCAUACAAACAUGUUGUGGCUUGGCAUGCCCAUCAGGAGGGCUUAGCUUAUUGAUCAAUUGUUUAUAGAUUGUGAUGCAUCUCCUAAUUGACUAAUGAUGUAUCAUAAAAGUUGCUAUGAUCUAAUCGAUCAAUAUUCAAUUAUCUUAUAAAAGUUCAAUCAUUUAAUUUAUUAUAAA